UGACGCCGGAAGCGACACCAUCGCACGGUGCCGGAAGUGUCUCUCUCUCCCAUCCUGUGAGCGCUGCGGCUGCCGGUUACUGUGUGCGGGACAGUGAUCAUGUCUUACGAGGACUAUGAUACCCCUUAUGAUCCAUACAGUUACCAAGCGGAGUUUGACGGGCACACAGGUGACCCUAAGCAGGACCUAGCAUACGAACGCCAGUAUGAGCAGCAGACGUAUCAGGUCAUCCCUGAGGUGAUCAAGAACUUCAUUCAGUACUUCCACAAGACUGUGUCUGAUUUAAUUGACCAGAAAGUAUAUGAGCUACAAGCCAGCAGAGUGUCCAGUGAUGUCAUUGACCAGAAGGUUUAUGAGAUCCAAGAUAUCUAUGAAAACAGUUGGGCAAAGUUAACUGAGCGUUUCUUCAAGAAUUGCCCUUGGCCUGAAGCAGAAGCGAUCGCCCCGCAAGUUGGCAAUGAUGCAGUGUUCUUAAUUCUUUAUAAAGAGCUGUAUUACAGACACAUAUACGCCAAAGUCAGUGGAGGACCCACAUUGGAGCAGCGGUUUGAGUCUUAUUACAACUAUUGCAACCUCUUUAACUACAUUCUCAAUGCGGAUGGACCAGCCCCCUUGGAGUUGCCUAACCAGUGGCUGUGGGACAUUAUUGAUGAAUUCAUAUACCAGUUUCAAUCAUUUAGUCAAUAUCGGUGUAAGACUGCAAAGAAGACAGAGGAGGAAAUUGAGUUCCUGCGCUCUAACCCCAAGAUCUGGAACGUGCACAGUGUUCUCAAUGUCUUGCAUUCUCUAGUGGACAAGUCCAACAUUAACCGCCAGCUGGAAGUUUACACCAGUGGAGGUGACCCUGAAAGUGUAGCUGGAGAGUAUGGGAGACACUCGCUCUACAAAAUGCUUGGGUACUUCAGCUUGGUUGGGCUGCUGCGUCUACACUCACUGCUUGGGGACUACUACCAGGCCAUUAAGGUGUUGGAGAACAUAGAGCUCAACAAGAAGAGCAUGUACUCCAGAGUCCCUGAAUGCCAGGUCACCACCUACUAUUAUGUGGGUUUUGCAUACCUUAUGAUGCGAAGGUAUCAGGAUGCAAUUCGUGUCUUUGCCAACAUCUUGCUAUAUAUCCAGAGAACUAAGAGUAUGUUUCAGAGGACAACUUACAAGUAUGAAAUGAUUAAUAAACAGAAUGAGCAGAUGCAUGGGCUGCUAGCCAUUGCCCUCACCAUGUACCCUAUGCGUAUAGAUGAGAGUAUUCACACUCAGCUGAGAGAGAAAUACGGGGACAAGAUGCUGCGUAUGCAGAAAGGAGAAACCCAGAUCUAUGAGGAGCUCUAUAAUUUUGCCUGUCCCAAGUUCCUCUCACCAGUGGUACCCAACUAUGACAAUGUCCACCCAAACUAUCACAAGGAACCGUAUCUGCAACAGCUCAAAGUCUUUCUGGAUGAAGUUCAACAGCAGGCCCAGCUGUCCACCAUCCGCAGUUUUCUGAAAUUGUACACUACCAUGCCAGUAGCUAAACUGGCAGGAUUCUUGGAUAUGCCAGAGCAGGAGUUCCGCAUCCAGUUGCUUGUUUUCAAGCACAAGAUGAAGAAUCUGGUGUGGACUAGCGGUAUUUCUGCACUGGAGGGAGAGUUUCAGUCUGCAUCAGAAGUUGAUUUCUACAUAGAUAAGGACAUGAUUCACAUCGCAGAUACCAAAGUUGCUCGGCGCUAUGGAGAUUUCUUUAUACGGCAGAUACAUAAGUUUGAAGAGCUAAAUAAAACCUUGAAGAAGAUGAGCCAGAAACCUUGAAAAGAAUCCACAUAGACAAAAUAUUUAUAAGGACUUAAGGGCAACCGACCGCAUCAAACACUUUGCAAUCAGUAAUCAUUGGAUGGAAAUGUUUUAAUAAAAUGCUCAAAAUAUUCUAA